CGGUACGGCGGCAGCGGAUGUUGACAGAGCCGACAGCCCUGUUGAAGACCCUGAGGUUAUCCUCAAGAACCUACAGGAGACUUUUCAGAACAUAAUCGACGAUAAAUUAGCUGAACAUACCUCUUCGCUUGAUAGACACCCACAGCGGCAUCCUAUACACCAGCAAUGAUCUCGAGGGAAUUUUCAAAGAGUCAGAGGAGUACCGACGACUCUACGAAAAUCUUCUGUCAACUUCCAUGUCUAAGCUUCAGCGCAAAGUCGACGAGUUCUUUCGAUAUGCGAUGCUUUCCCACAAGUGGGCAAGUGCGACGGACGAACCCCAGUAUUGGCAGAUCAAGGGAAGCGUCUACGAGAUGGAUGCCCCACGGGAAAUCCGCAAGCUGCAACAGUUCUGUACCACCUCGAAGAAAGAAGGCUACCGAUGGGCAUGGAGCGAUACGUGUUGUAUCGAUAAAACGAACAACGCUGAGCUUCAGGAAUCCAUCAUCUCUAUGUUUUCUUGGUACAAGGAUUCGGCAAUCACUAUCGUUUACCUUGCAGACGUUUCCGAUAUUUCGCAGUUGAAGGAUAGUCAGUGGUUCAAGAGAGGCUGGACGUUGCAGGAGCUCCUCGCACCUCAAUUUAUUCGAUUUUACAAGCAGGAUUGGCAGCCACUCAUCGAUUCUGAUAAGAAUCACAAAGUCGAACUUCUGUCGAUUCUCCACAACAUCACUCGCAUCGAUAUAGAUGUUUUGAAGGUAUUUCAACCCGGCGUCGAUAACGUCAAGAAGCGGUUGAGUUGGGUGGGCAAUAGGACAACCAAGAAGAUCGAAGACAUUGCCUAUUGUCUCAUGGGUAUUUUCGGCAUCCACAUGCCUGUAAUGUACGGGGAGAAACAUAAUGCCUUCGUGCGGCUUCAGAAGGAAAUCAUGUCGCUUACUGAUGACCUCUCACUCUUCGACUGGUUGGGAGAGUCGUCGACCCUUCACAGUUACUUUGCUGCGCAUCCGAGGUGCUUUAUGACCCCAGCGUAUGACGCUCGACAGGACUCCACUUCAUCGAAAUUCGAAUUCAGGUUGCUCAAAACUUCGAAGCGUAUCACCAGCGGCUUGUCUUCUUCAGCUCUCAAGCUUGUCAAGGACGUUUUGAGCAACCCGCCUCACGGACGUUUCAUUGCAAAUGGGAGAAUGUACAAACCCAGAAUUUUCAGCUAUCUCGUCAAAGCUGAAGGCCUCGCGGAGCUCGAGGUCAUCGUCACACAGCAGCUGGUUCCUUUGUAUGGAAAGAAGCCGGGCGUCAAAUACCGCAUCGUGCGAAUGUGGGACGCGAGGCUUGUUCACCGUUCGUCUAAGGGAAGCACGGACGUCGAGACUCCUGAUGCGCUGACCGUUGAUAAACCUGAUUCUCCUGAGCCGUCGACAACAGAGGGCUCCCCGAAGCAGGACGAGGAAAAGGAAAAGGACGAGGACGAGGAGAAGGACGAAGAAAAGGAAAAGGACGAGGAUAAGGAAAAAGAUAAGGAUAAGGACGAGGACAAGGCCAAAGAGAAGCGAAAGGACAAGGAAAAAGAGAAGGAGAAGCGAAAGGAGAAGGAAAAAGAAAAGGACAAGGAAAAGCGAAAGGAAAAGGACAAGGACAAGGAAAAAGAAAAGGAAAGUUGGGUCGGCAGAUCCAAGGAGUUCGUUGCCGACAUUGUUGCCGACAUGGUCACUCAGAGCACUGCUGCUGCAUUGAUUCGGAAGCUGCAAGAGCCGUUUGUUGCUCAACUUCUCUGUUCGCCUGGUGAUAAGCAGCCUUGGCGAAGGGUUGGAACCACCACCCGCGUCAUUGCCCACGCAUCCUCUGGGUCCGUUAAUUUCAGGGCCCUCGAAAAUGUCAUUGUACACUGAAUCUUCACGACUGUAUCGCUGCUCGCACCCAUAUGGUUGUGUUGUUCAUAUUUUACUACAGCUACGAUUACGAACUCUACACUAUGACUCAUGAACGUUCUGAACUAUGGUACCGUAUCAAAACUACUAUAUAUUAUAUAUGCAGUGCGAUGAAGAAAUGCUAGUUAAAAUAUGAUUGACGAUUGAUGGACAAGCCUAUUUGGCUACCGUGA